ACCGAGUGGCCGUGCGUCCGCAGCGGAGGCGGCUACAUGAGCGCGGCGGGGGUGGCGGCCGGGCUGCGGCCCCCCAGCUCGGGGAUCCCGGGCUCCCGGGGCGCGUCGCGCCCGCGCCUGCCCGCGGUCCCUCCGUACCCCGGGCAGCACGGCGCGCCGGUCGGGCUCAGCGAGGCGCAGAAGCGGGCGCUGGACCUGGAGAAGAGGCUGCAGUUCCUGCAGCAGCAGCACUCGGAGACGCUGGUCAAGCUCCACGAGGAGAUCGAGCACCUGAAGCGGGAAAACAAGGAUCUUCACUACAAGCUAAUCAUGAAUCAGAAGCCGCAGAAGAAAGGCAGCAUCUCCAGUUCCAGCUUUCAGUCCAACAAGUCCAUCUCGAUACAGUGGUUCUGACCCUCAGCCAACUCGCAAGGCAAGGCCAGGUCCCAGCGCACCUCCUCUAAGAAGCAAGACUCGAAAGCUGACGUUCCCCAGAAGUUGGACCUGGAGGAGGAGCCAUUGGUUGCUGCCCUGCUUCACAGCAGCAGGGUGGACAAAGCCCUCGGGGCACAGGGGCUGGCCAAAGACAAAGUGGAGAGCUCUAAUCCAGCAGCCACCUCGGUGGCCGGCAGCCUGCACAAGGGCAAGCAGGUGCCAGGGGUGCCCCCCGCGAUGAGACUGCCCCUGCACCUGUGCAAGCCCGCCACACUCCAGCAGUGCGAAGUGGUCAUCCGCCAGCUGUGGAAUGCCAACCUCCUGCAGGCCCAAGAGCUGCAACACCUCAAGUCCCUCCUAGAAAGGAGCCAGAGACACAGGGCUGCCCUCGAGGAGGCCAGGCCCGGUUCUCCCAAGGACCAGGAGGCUCUGCACCCGGGGGCCAUGCUGCUCCCCAAGGUCGCCACCAGGGGCGUCUCUAAGAAAUGCCUGAUCCUGAGCCGGGCGCCCAUGGCGGAGUGCGCCAUCCUGCCCGCACUGAAGCGGAGCCUCAAGAGCAACUUUGCCGAGCGGCAGAGACGGCUGCAGGCAGUGCAGAGCCGGUGGCUGCACUACUCGGUGCUCUGAGUGCCAGACCCAUGACCCCUCACCCUCAGGUAGCACUUCUAAAGAAUCCCAGUACGUUUACGCCAGCCUAACUUCCAG